UCCAAACACAUGGAGCUGCUCGCUACCACCCCCAUCCGUUCCAUUUCCACUCUUCCGUCCAUCACCUUCUCCACCUUAACCCCGUCUGUUCGCCGUCGUCUCUGCCCUCCGCCGCUCUCUGGCUCUACCUCCAUCCGCCUCCGUUCCCGGGUUUUGACUUUUAGUAAUCCCUUGCCUAAAGCAACAGCAUCGGAUGAAGCCUCCUCCACCGGUCCGAACCGGGUUUUCGGAGAGGAUCGCGAUGGCGUUGCGAGUUUGGAAGAAGUUUCGGCGGUUGAGAAGAAUGUUGUCAAUGAAAACCUGUCACCGGAAGAACCUAAAGUAAAUUCAGCUUCCGAUGAGGAAUCGCAGAUGUUUGAGUUUUGGAGAAGCUUAAACUUGCAGCUUGAAAAAGAAGAUGCAUAUUCAAUCAUAUUAUAUGGAAGUGGUGCCUUGGUUGCUUUGUGGCUAGCAUCUGCUCUUGUUGGUGCUAUCGAUUCAAUCCCAUUGUUCCCUAAAUUGCUGGAGGUUGUGGGACUUGGCUACGCAAUCUGGUUCACCUCCCGAUAUCUGAUAUUCAAGAAAAACAGGGAGGAGUUGGCUACUAAAGUGGAACAACUUAAGCAGCAGAUCCUUGGCUCAGAUUGACAAUUGAUAUAGGAACGAUUUGGUUCAGUGUGUUUUGCUUGUUACAUAAAAAAGGAAGAAGAAGCAGAGUUGGAGAUUUUCUGUAGUUUUUAUUAGGAUACAAAUAUGUCAAUUACCGGAACUAGUUAAAAGAGCAUCAAGAUAAAAAGUUUUAUUUUU